GAAUUUUUCUGAAUUGGGCUACGAGGCUUAUUCUUCUUCGAUGUUUUUCUCGCGCGCGGUCAAUUCAACGUAGAAGAAAAGGCAUGAGUAAUUAUUAAAAUGGCGGCAUCCGAUGAGAUUAAAACUUCGUCCGACGCGAAAGAAUCACUUCCUGAUUACACGCCGCAGGAACAACGUGUGGAAAAAGAUGUCGAUCUUGUUGCCGAAGAAGGAUUGGCUGCUACUGAUAGCCAUGGCGUGGCUAUAGUUGAAUUCGAUCGGCAGGCUGAGAGAAAGCUGAGGACUAAAAUAGAUUGGAUGGUUGUCCCGACGGUCUCGAUAUUAUACCUCUUUUGCUUUAUUGAUCGUGCGAAUAUCGGCAAUGCACGAUUAGCCGGGCUUGAAGCCGAUUUGGGCAUGAAGGGAAAUGAUUAUAACAUGCUUCUUUCCAUUUUCUUCAUCAGCUAUAUCCUCUUCGAGAUCCCGUCUAAUUUGGCAUGCAAGUGGAUUGGCCCUGGCUGGUUUCUCCCUUUCCUGUCAUUUGGUUUCGGGGUCUGUUCUCUGGGAAUGGCAUUUGUUAAAACGCUGCCGGCGGCUUGUGGUGUCCGUUUCCUGCUUGGUAUCUUGGAAGCCGGCAUGAUGCCCGGAAUUUCGUAUUACCUUUCGCGAUGGUAUCGUCGCUCCGAGCUGGUCUUUCGGAUAUCUUUAUUCGUUGUUAUGGCUCCGCUGGCCGGCGCUUUUGGAGGAUUACUUGCUUCGGGUAUUCUAAGUCUAUCUCAUAUCGGCGAUGUCCGUGCCUGGCGCAUGGUCUUCUUGGUCGAAGGGAUUAUCACGAUGGGACUCGGCCUGAUCGCUUUUAUUACGUUGACGGACCGGCCCGAAACGGCGCGUUGGCUUACCGAGGAACAAAAGACUCUAGCUGUUGCGCGAGUUAAGUCGGAGCUCCUCGCGCAGACUACAGUUAUUGAUAAGACCGGCCGACAGAAGGUCUGGUUGGGCUUCUGGAAUCCCGCCGUCUUAUCAACUGCCUUUGUCUUCCUACUUAAUAACGUCACCGUCCAAGGUCUGGCAUACUUCGCGCCAACUAUCGUAGCAAGCAUAUACCCCAACUACUCAACGGUGCAAAAGCAACUGUACACAGUCCCACCAUACGUAGUCGGCGCCUUCUUCGAAGUCCUCUUCCCAUUGCUAAGCUGGCGUAUGGACAAACGGCAAAUCUUCCUAAUCAUCAUCUCGCCUCUCACAAUGAUGGGCUACAUCAUGUUCCUCGCGAGCACCGACACCAAAGUGCGAUACGCAGCGACGUUCUUCUGCGCCAUCAGCACAUUCGCCGCCGGCGCCUUGACAAACGCACAAGUAUCCGCGCAGGUUAUCUCCGAUUCAGCGCGUAGCAUGAGUCUAGCGACUAACAUGAUGUUCGGCAACAUCGGUGGUUUGGUAGCUACUUGGUCGUAUCUCAGUUGGGAUGGACCUGAUUACCAUAUUGGAAAUGGAUUGAAUUUGGCUACUUCGAGUAUGCAGCUUAUCGUUGCUACGAUUACGUUGUUUUGGAUGAAGGCCGAUAAUAAGAGGCGUGAUAAGAUCGAUGUUAGUAAGGCGCUGGAGGGGUUGACGCAGGAGCAGAUUGAAAGUUUGGAAUGGAGACAUCCGGGUUGGAGGUGGAAGCCUUGAUUGUGUUAAGAGGGUGGGAGUAUAUAGUGUGCGUUAUAGGUUAUUGGCUUGGGAUUCGGAUUGGGUUCGGAAUGGAAGUAUAUGUUCCGGUUGAGUUAGGUAUAUACUAAAAUGUUACUACUAGCUUUACGAUCUUGAGAAUCGUACCUAGGUAUUGUUUGAUCUCGUG